AUGGAUAAGGGUGUAAUCAGAUUUAACCAUUGUGACAAGGACAUCUUUUGUUUUUUUGUUCCGGAUCAAUGUCCUGAAUGUGGAGUUAGUUUCAGUGGAAAGAGGCUGGAGGAAGCACCUGUCAGCGUUCCAAAUCCCUUCUCCAAUGGACAUAAAGUCCCAUGUGCUUUCCUCGUUGCCCCAACAGAAGACAGUGUGCUCAAAGAUUUCGAUGGCAUGUCUGAUUUACAUACAGGAAUCACUAACACAAAUGGAAUAGUAUACAAUUACACCAAGACUGGAAUUCACAGAGAUCAUCAGGGCUGGGAACGAUGUUUAUGCAUCCCACUGGUUCAGCCGGACAUGUUCAGUCUGGUCAGUCAAUGGGACCAGUAUCUGGAGAAGUUCUCUUCUGCUCAGAUGUGGGACCCUUUAUGGCAAAGCUUUAAUGAGGAAACUCAUAACUGCUACAGUUACACGUUGAUGUUCAUUAACUGCGUACUGGCUGCACAGUCUAAACGAGCCCUCAGUAAAGAUGAAUUCACACAAACAUUUGUGCUGCCUCGGAUUAAAAGAGCUUCCAAGUACAUGAUGCUGUGUCGUGAGAUUUCCCAAAACCACUUCUACAUUGUGAACAGUCCUCGGAGAAACUCACAAGAGGGACCAAGUGAGGAAGAUAUGGAAGGGAAGAACAAUGGAGCAGUUUUAUCCAGUUAAUUUGGGCUUAUUGUGACUUCCCUGGACAUCAGAGCAAAACAGCACUGAUUUCCUGUUAUUUAAUAAAGUGAUUUAUGCAUCCUGUUAUUUAAUUAAGUGAUUUAUGCAUCUUGGAUCAAGGUGGUAUUUGACUGAAUGAUGUUAUGCCACUUUUGUAAAGCUGCAUAGGGUCACAUAUGGGUUUGCUUCACUAUAAUCAAUGUUUUAUUAGACCCACUUUCAGAGAAUGCUGUUUGGAUGCUUCAGUUGAACUAAAGGUACAGAAUUACUAGUAUCCCUUAAAGGGAAAUUUCACCCCAAAUUUUUAUUCUAUAAUUAAUUAUAACUACUCAACCCUUAUGAUA